UCCAAAGGCUGUAUAGUUGAUACAAUCGUAAUCGAAGCUUAUUUAUUCAAGGGCAGUUAAAAAUUGUGUUAUCCGCGCAACUAUAACUAUGUGUUUUAUUGAGCAAAUGUCUCAUUAACGGCUAAUAAAAUUCUUUAUGUGGUACAUUUUUUGUACAAGCUUGUAGUGCAAUGGAAUUUUCAUUCUUAAAUAAGUCCAACUUUGACAAGGACUGCUUGUACAACGCCAACUCGGAGUUUUACAAUAAUAAUACCAAUGCCGGACUAUCAGUCGCAAAUCACAUGAAUCACUAUAACCUAAUGAUAGACUCCAGCUAUAAGUUGUGUGCUAACGAGACUGCUAUAAGGAGUUCUUUAAACCAGGAAUCGAGCUUACUAUUUUCAAAAAUAACCACAGUUUCGGAAUUUUAUCCUGGAACUCACAACAUUGCAUCGUAUAAUUCAGAUUUCCAUUUGAAAUCCUAUGGAGAUGAAGGAUUGAGUCUGACGGAUAAGUCUAAACAAAGACGUAUACGAACCACUUUUACAUCGAACCAACUCAACGAAUUGGAAAAAAUAUUCUUAGAGACCCAUUAUCCCGAUAUUUACACCAGAGAAGAGAUCGCAUCGAAGCUACAUUUAACUGAAGCCAGAGUCCAGGUUUGGUUCCAAAACCGAAGAGCAAAGUUUCGCAAACAGGAAAGACAUGCCAUUUAUAUAAUGAAAGAUAAAUCCAUUAAAAUGGAUAGUCGAAAAAAUUCUGGAGCUGGUUCGAAGUACUUAAGUCCAUCGCUGAAAGGAUCGCAGAAUUCCCGUCAAAUGAAAUGCUUAUAUGAUCAAAUAUAG